AUGAUCCGGAGCCAGGAACAGUUGUGUCGAAUGUUGCAUCGUCUGAACUCGCGUAAACAUAACAAGGAUGACUAUGAGCUACUGGUUGUUAGUGCAUCUUGGUCAGGCUUCCUAAUUCUCCGAACACAGCAUUUGCAAAUGCCGAUGGAGAACUCGAGCUAG